AUGGAAGUCGACGAUGAUAACACAAACCGCCUACGAAAUGCGAGAAGCGAGAUACGAGGCGUUGUCCACCAAUCCGAUACUGGCGAGGUUUUUUUUUGUAUGAAACUCAUCGCUAAUUUGCAAGACGAGAAAACCCCCUACGGAACUAAAGGAGAUGCUGCCCAGUAUGCACGAUGA